UGGGCGCGCGGGGCGGGCCGCGGCGCGGCGGGGGAAGAUGGCGGCGGCGGGCCGGUGGCGGGCCGGGCUGGCCCUGCUGGCCGUGGUGCUGCGGCUCGGCGGGACGGCGGCCGAGCAGACCGAGGAGCACCUCAAACGCGAGCACUCACUGUCCAAACCGUACCAGGGUGUGGGCUCGGCCAGCUCGGGGCUCUGGGACCUGCUGGGCAACGCCAUGGUCAUGACCCAGUUCAUCCGCCUCACCCCCGACGUGCAGAGCAAGCAGGGAGCCGUGUGGAACCGAGUGCCCUGUUACCUGCGGGAUUGGGAGAUGCAGGUGCACUUCAAGAUCCACGGGCAAGGCAAGAAGAACCUCAACGGAGAUGGAUUCGCCAUCUGGUACACCAAGGACAGGAUGCAGCCAGGACCUGUUUUUGGGAGCAAGGACAACUUCCUGGGGCUGGGAGUGUUUGUGGACACGUAUCCCAACGAGGAGAAGCAGCAGGAGGCUCAGAAGAGGAGGUACAGCCCUGGAAACCAGCGCGUGUUCCCCUACAUCUCGGCCAUGGUGAACAACGGCUCGCUGACCUACGACCACGACCGCGACGGGCGCCCCACCGAGCUGGGCGGCUGCACCGCCAUGGUGCGCAACCUCAACCACGACACCUUCCUGGUCAUCCGCUACGUCAAGAGGAGGCUCACGGUGCUGAUCGACAUUGACGGCAAGCACGAGUGGCGGGAUUGCAUCGACGUGCCUGGCGUGCGGUUGCCCCGUGGCUACUACUUUGGGACAUCCUCAGUCACUGGGGACCUGUCAGACAACCACGACAUAAUCUCACUGAAGCUGUACCAGCUGACGGUGGAGCGGACGCCAGAGGAGGAAAAACGGGAUCGGGAAGUUUUCCUGCCCGUGGUGGACAACCUGAGGCUGCCAGGAAUGGAGGCACCGCUGGAGCCCAUGAGUGGCCUGGCCCUGUUCCUCAUCGUCUUCUUCUCGCUGGUGGCCCUCGUCUUCGCCAUCGUCAUCGGCAUCAUCCUCUACAACAAGUGGCAGGAGCAGAGCCGCAAGCACUUCUACUGACCCCUAACCAACCCCCUGGGGUAGCCCACCCCGGGCUAGUGGUGGCCACAUCCCCGUUGCCACCCUUGCCAGGGUGGCCCUAAAGGACGGUGCCAGCCUGGCUGAGGGGUGCAGAGACUUCUCAGCACUUCUGUUGUUGUGGCCACCAGAGACUUCCCAGUUGCCACCAUCUGGCUGUGGCCACCAGAGCCUCACCCAGGCUAGUGGUGGCCACAUCCCCAUUGCCACCUGUGCCAGGGACCCCCCAAAGGACAGUGCCAGCCUGGCUGAGGAGUGCUGGAACCCUGGCAGAGACUUCCCAGCGCUUCUCCUGUUACUGUGGCCACCAGAUGUCUACCAGAUGAGCUCCUUCUUGGGCUAGUGAUGGCCACAUCCUGAUUGCCACCAGUGCCAGGGCAUCAAGGACCUCCCAAAUCCCUGGCACGGGGACGAUGCCAGCCCAGUUGAGGAGUGCAGAGACUUCCCAGUUGCCAUUGUCCAGCUGUAGCCACCAGAACCCCCCUGGACGAGCCCCUCCGGGUGCUGCUGCUGCUUUUUCCAGCUGGAUGAACUGGAAGAGCCCCCUCCUCAAUUUUGGGGGUCCCCCUGCCCGUUUCCCAGCAUGUGGCCACCCCUGCAUGUCAUGUCCUGGGGCCACUCCUACCUCAGGGACUGCUAGCCACAGCGGUUGCCCAGCUUGCCCCGGGGUCACCCUGGGCACUCAGGGGUUGGGAUGGCAUCGCCCUCCUCGCCAGGAUCCCAACCCUGCACCCUUCCAGGAUAUGCCCACCCAGGACAGGUGGUCCUGGGGGGGGGUUUGGUGGCCCCUGGGCUAGGAGAAGACUUGGGGGGGUUGUCCACGCUGGCACUGGGGAGCUGGGAGCUGUUUCCAAGGAGAGUUUUCCUGGA